AUGCUUUAUCGAUUGGUACCAAAAAAGUGCAAAGUUUUAACACAAUUGGGGAGGAAUUUGGACUUUAUCCGAGCUCGAGUUGCUCAAAUUCGAGAAAAUCUUGAAGGAGGAUACAACCAAAAUCUGGAAAGAUAUCAACAGGAGAGGGAUCAGGAUUUUGAGAGAAUUCGUCAAAGGGAGGAGUUUAUCAGAAUUCGUCAAAAUUAUCUUGAAGAACUUCGUAAUGAUAGAAAUCGUUGGAAUAAUCAACAGCAGUGGAAUAAUAAUAAUCAACAGCAUCAACCUAUUCAGCCUGUUCAAUUUGUGAAUGGUGGGUUCCAGAUGCCUCCGCAGCCGAACAAUUUCGCUGCUAAUCCUAAUCGAUUUGAGGCGGAUGGUGCUUUUGUGCCUCCACAACAACCACGAUUCCAGCAACAGCAAUAUAUUCCACAACAACCACUACCACCUCCGGCUUUUCAGCAUCAGCAAUUUCAACCUCAUGCUCACAUGCCGCCACAACAAAUACAACAGCAACAACAACAGCGACCAUUAAUAAAUGAUUGGAUGGAACAUUAUUUAGGAGGGGAUGGUUUUGUUAAUUUUGCUGAUUUUCAUGACGUGCCUCAGCCUCAACAAAAUCAACAGCAACCGCCUAUCCAUCAAAUUCCACCGCCGCCAGCGCCAGCUGCUAUUCCUCUUCCUCCAUACCCACAACAGCUUCCACCGCCGCCAGCGCAAGAUAUUCCACUUCCACCAUAUCCACCACCACCACAACAGGAUCAAUUAGGUGACAAUUUUGUUGGUCCUCCUAAUCUUGGUGGCAAUAAUAAUAAUGUAGAGAAUGCCUUUCAGGGAUUUAAUAAUAAUUAUAAUGUUGUUGGUGCUCCUCAAAAUAAUCUUCUUCUUGGUGCUCCAAAUAUGCCAAUCCACAUUGAUUGAGAGAACAAUACCAGUGCUAUUUUUUUAAUCCAGGAAUUUUUUUAAAUUUAUUUUCUUAACAAAAACGAAAAUAUUAUCUCCAUUGCUUUCAUUUCUUAAAAUCUUGUUUAAUAUCAGAGUUUUGUUGCAUUUCAUUACACAC